UUUCUAGUUAACAUGACAUAACAAAAAUAGAAACUAUAGAAUUUUAAUUUUGAGUUGAAGUUACAAGUUUAAAGAAAUUGAAAUCAACUAUCUAAAUUGAAUUCAACCAAUUAAUAUUAUAUUUAAAGAAAAUGUCUCGAGAAGAAGUGAGACAACAGGUGCUGAAUUUAAUGAACGAAAAAGAUAAAAUAGAAAACGAGAUAAAAGAAUUGACAAAUGUAUUAAUGCAUAACGGGGUAGGUAUGACAGAACCUUUGGUAGACGAAGAAGGAUUUCCAAAAAAUUCCAUAAACAUCCAUCAAGUGAGACACGCUAGACACAGAAUCAUUUGUCUCCAAAACGAUCACAAACACCUCAUGAAGCAAAUUGAAAACGGUUUGCAAGGAUAUUACAAUGCGACAUCUUCCGAAUGUAAUCAAUCUGUUAGUAUGGAAACAACACCUAUAGAAAUUGCCACUUACAAGACACCUUUCGCCAAAGUUACGUUUGUGAGUGAUAAUUCCCCCGCUUAUUACGCGGGGUUGAACGUCAACGACGAAAUUGUGGAAUUUGGGUCUGUGAAUGUGAAUAAUUUUAAAAAUAUCAAUGAUAUCGCCACAGUUGUACAACAUUCAGAAGGGAAUCCAUUGAAUGUGAGAAUUAAAAGGGGCGAAAGGUUUGUUAAUGUGCAGUUGACACCGAAGAAGUGGAUAGGAAGAGGAUUGUUAGGCUGUAAUAUAAUUUGUUUAUAAUUUUUUUUUGUUCAAAAUAUAUAAAAUGAUUAAAUUAGCGCAG